AGCCAUAGUGACGUCAGUAUUCCGUAACGCCGGGUCCUGAGUUUGGCGGUAGUUUUCAGUGUUUUCUAAGCCGGCACCUACUGGGGAGGAUUUUUGUCUUGUGUUUUCUUCCAAAAGCUGUUUUUGGUCAUCAUUCUUUGAAGAUGGAAGUUGAUGAUGAUUUGGAGCUCCUGACCUCUCUAUUGGAAGAGAAUGUGGCAGCUGGUGGGAGAUGCUUCCUUGAUGAGGCUGAUGAAGAAGCUAUGGGAAAUGGAGCAUCUGAUGAUUUAGAUGACCUCUUUGAUGCAGAUGCUGAUGAUGAAGAUGAGGAGCUGUUCAUGCAAGAAGACAAUGAUGAAACUGAAGAGAAAAAUGCUGGGCAGAGGAAAGAUGGCAGUUUACUCUUUGGAGAUGGCGAAGAUUUGGAACUGGAGGAAACCACAUCCAAGAAAACAGGAGUAAGCAGGAAUGUGUCAGAAUCUUCAUCCUCUUCAGGGAUAAAAAGCAAAGAGGAGUUGGCAGAAGAACUAAUGCAAAUGCAGGCACAAAUGAAAAAGCUACAGGAACAACUGGAGAUGGCUGUAACAGCACAGCUAGCUGCGAAGAGUCCAAUUCAGAAGUCCCCAACUAGUAGAAAACAGGACUUGGCAGGAAAGUGCAAGAUCAGUUCUUUAAAGGAAAAUACAACAAAAGGUCAUGUAGAAUCUACUAGUGUUUCAUCUUCCAUGAGAAGCCCCAGUCAGAGCCAAACCAAGGCAAAGCAACAAACAGUACAGGAUGCAAGUUCUUCAGCAUCAGGAAAGUGCAAGAUCAGUUCUUUAAAGGAAAAUACAACAAAAGGUCAUGUAGAAUCUACUAGUGUUUCAUCUUCCAUGAGAAGCCUCAGUCAGAGCCAAACCAUGGCAAAGCUACAAACAGUACAGGAUGCAAGUUCUUCAGCAUCAGAAAACAGAAGUCCUCCCCAGCGGGUGUCACCAUCAAACUUAACAUCACAGCUCCAGAAGUCCAGCAGCAGACCCAGUACAUCAGCCACAACAGACUCCUCUGGCAUGUCAAGCAGCAAAUCUCCAGGUCAAAAUGUUUCUGUAGAGAAGUACUCUGGACUGAGGCUGAGGAGACCACGGGUAUCGUCUUUAGAAAUGGACAGGAAGAUGACGGGAAGGAAGCUUAUUCGACUUUCCCAGCUCCCGAGCAGACUUUCUUGUGAAAAACUGGAAGACAUUGACUGGGUUACAUUUGGAGUCAUUAUAAAGAAAAUAACUCCUCAGAGCUCCAACAAUGGUAAAACUUUCAGCAUUUGGCGCCUGAAUGAUCUGCGUAAUCUUGAAAUAUGUGUAUCGUUAUUUCUGUUUGGAGAUGUCCACAAGGAACAUUGGAAGACUGACCAGGGUACAGUCAUUGGAUUACUUAAUGCAAACUCAAUGAAAUCCAAAGAGGGCUCUGAUGAGAUUUGUCUGUCUGUGGAUCACCCUCAGAAAGUACUACUCAUGGGGGAAGCCUUGGACAUGGGGUGCUGUAAAGCCCGGAAGAAGAAUGGAGACCCCUGCACGCAAAUAGUAAAUCUGAAUGACUGUGAAUACUGUCAGUAUCAUGUAAAAGCACAAUAUAAAAAGCUCAGUUCCAAGCGAGCAGAUUUGCAGUCAAGCUUUUCUGGAAGAGCACCAGCUAGAGGUAGAGGAAGAGGAACUGGUCUUAAAGAAAAGCUCUGUCGAGAAGGAUUUUAUUAUGGAGGGGUCUCAUCUGCUUCCUACGCUGCCUCAUUGACAGCAGCUGUUCCAAAGAAGCCUACUCAAACAAAACUGGGUAACCUGUUUGUGCGAGGAGCAGAUGCCAUCCUUAAAGAAACAAAACAAAAAAUAGCAAUGGCAAGGAAUGACGUUACAGGAUGUUCAGAUGAAUUUAAGGAUUUGAUGAGCAUGCCAACUCCUGGUGCACUGAAUCUGAAGAAACAUCUAAAUAAACCAACUUCACAAGUAACUGUUGGAAAGCAAAGCUUCCAGUCACUGUCUGCUUCAGAGCUACUAAAAAUGCAAAAGCAGCAAAUGCUUGAUGUAAGGAAGAAGAGAGCCGAAGCCACAGAGAAAAGGUUUUUGGAGACUACAAGCACAUUAGCCAGCCAGCCUUCAUUGCCUGCUCAGCAGCCCUCUUUUUCAUCUCCAAGGCAUGCUGCUGAAUUUCCUAAAGGCCAGAAGACAGUGCCAACACCCCAAACUCCCAGACUUGGUUCUGGCUUCUCUGAAGGAGAAGACAUUUUGUUUUUUGACGCAUCUCCAUCUCCUGCAUCAAAACCAAGUAGUUCUGCUGGAGUUAAUCGGCUAGCAGCAAUAAACAAACUGCAUACAAAGGGUGUAGUCAUAACCAAAGAAGACCCCAACAGUGUAAAGCGAAAGCAGGUGGACUUGGAUGUUGUUAAAGUGAUGGACAGAGUAGAAAAGACUUUUUCUUCACCAGAAGUGAAAGAAGAAAUUGAACCAGCCAUGAAGAAACGGAAAGAACAGUUAGCAUACCUGGAAUCCGAAGAGUUUCAUAGGAUUUUGAGUGCAAAGUCAAAGCACACUGGAGCACUUCAAGAGGCUGAAGCAGAACUCAUGGAACAGUAUUUUGAACCUUUGUUGAAGAAAGAGCAAUUAGAAGAGAAAAUGAGAAGCAUACGAGAACUCAAAUGCCGGGUGGUCACAUGCAAAACAUGCAGAUAUACUUUCUUCAAGCCACUGGAAACUUGUGUCAGUGAGAACCACGAGUACCACUGGCAUGAUGCUGUAAAGCGAUUCUUCAAAUGUCCUUGUGGAGCCAGAGCUAUAUCCCUUGACAGACUUCCCAAGAAGAACUGCAGUAACUGUGGACUCUACAAAUGGGAGAGAGAUGGCAUGCUAAAGGAGAAAUCUGGCCCAAAGAUUGGAGGAGAGUUGCUGUUAACAAGAGGCGAGGAGCAGCCUAAAUUCCUAAAUAGCAUGAAGUAGCAGCACUUGUUUCUGCUUGAAAAUCUACUUCACCUGAGAAAACUUGAAAAGACUUGAACAUUUAGUGAGAAAUGCAAAUGUAUGUAGCAGUUGCAAUUUAUUGAAAAAUUUGAAAAUAUUCAGAAACUUGGUCCCAUCUGUUGAUGCAGUUUUAGUCUCUUGUUUUGGUGCUAAGUGCUGCAGAUGCUUAAGCAAACAUGUCCAUGUGCUAGCAUACCUUUCUGCUUUUCUUUAUUGUAUAUGUAUAUGUGAAUUUCCAGGAUACAGAAUGGUGUUGAGCUUUUGGAAACCAUAAGUCACGCCAUUGUCAACAAUCAGUGUAAUGUUACAAUGGAUUUUGCAGUACCAUUUGUUCAGAACCUUACAGAAAGAGAAAGAGAGAGAAGGCAAGCAACUUUUGCAAGUCUUAGAUGACCUAUGAUACUGGAAACAUAACUCUGUGGAUUGAAGUAUGGGCAAGGCAUCGAGAGCAUUUAUAGCAAAAUUGUUUGCAUUAGUGCAGCUGACUGCUUGCUGUUUUUGCUUUUUGGUUUGGUACAUGAAGUAUAUUUCCUCCAGCAAGCUCAAGUAGCUCCUGCUGUAGACACCUCCGAAGAAUAUCUUGAAACACUGAUCAGUAACUUGAAAUACCAUGACAGAGGUGUAAACAGGUCCACAGAAACUGCACAAGAAUAAACAUCUAAUCUUUGUAGCCA